AUGAAGGAAGCCCUCGUAGCCCCAGGGCCCAAGGUCAAGAUCGUCGACUCGCCUACCCCCAAACCCGAAGCCGACCAGGUCCUUAUCAAGGUCGUGGUGAGCGGGUCUAAUCCUAAGGAUUGGAAACUGCCGGCAAUGAAUAACGUCACCAUAAAUUCGGGCGACGAUAUUGCUGGUAUUGUUGAAGAAGUCGGUUCCAAUGUGACCGAGUUCAAGCCCGGCGACCGUGUCGCCGCUUUCCAUGAAAUGAUGAAGCCUCACGGGUCCUAUGCGGAGUAUGCGAUCGCUUGGCAGCAUACUACUUUCCAUAUUCCUCAGCAUACUAAAUUCGAAGAGGCGGCUGCGAUUCCGCUGGCGGCAAUGACAGCCGCGCUUGGGCUCCAUCUCCGCCUUGGUCUCCCGCAGCCGUGGACACCGGCAACUGAGCCCAUCCCCCUUAUCAUUUACGGGGCAGCUUCCUCCGUCGGUUCUUACACCAUCCAGCUCGCUAAGAAGAGCAAUAUCCACCCUCUCAUCUGCGUCGCCGGAAAGUCUCAACCCCACGUGGAGAGCCUAAUCGACCGGAGCAAGGGGGACACCAUCAUCGACUAUCGCGACGGAGACGAAGCCGUCGUCGAGGGCCUGAAGAAGGCAGCCGGCAAGUCCAAGGUCCUAUACGCGUUUGAUGCAACGUCAGAGCACAACAGCUACGUCAACAUUAGCGAGGUCCUUGCUGAGGGUGGCAAGAUAACAACCGUGUUGCCUCCGCAGAACUACGAGUUCCCCGCUGGCGUGUCGCACUCUAUGACUAACGUAGGCUCGGUACAUUCAGACGACAAGGACUUUGGUUUCGUGUAUUUCCGGUACCUGGGACGAGCGUUACAGGAGGGCUGGUUCAAGGCACAGCCGCAAGUAAUCGUACCGGGCGGACUUCGUGGCGUUCAAGCAGCGUUGCAGAACCUAAAAGCCGGCAUGGCGAACGGUGUCAAAUAUGUCUUCCGGAUUUCCGAUACGGAAGGAAUCCAGUGA